UUGGCUCCUAGCUCAAUUCCAGCCAUUGUUGAAGCUUCUUCACAGCCAUUUCCAGGACCCAACCAACCACAGCUGCUGAUCCCAGGAUGGUGAUCCAUGUUUAUAUUGCAUCUUCCUCUGGCUCUACUGCAAUUAAGAAGAAACAGCAAGAUGUGCUUGAUUUUUUACAAGCCAACAAAAUAGGAUUUAAGGAAAAAGAUAUUGCAACAAAUGAAGAGAAUCGGAAGUGGAUGAGAGAAAAUGUACCUGAAAACAGUCGACCAGCUAUAGGACACCCCCUUCCACCUCAGAUUUUCAAUGAAAACCAGUACUGUGGGGACUAUGAUGCCUUCUUUGAAGCCAAAGAAAAUCAUGCAGUAUAUGCCUUUUUACGCUUGACAGUACCACCUGGCUCAAAGGAAGCAGAAAUCCAGGCAAAGCAGCAAGCCUGA